UCCAACAGGGAAGAAAAACGAACAUAAAAUACCAAACGAGAAUCAAAAUGUCCGAUACUGAGAAAUUUCGCCCUGAAUAUAACAUGCAACCGUGGCUGAGAAGUUGUGAAGUGGAAAUUAAGAAACCUAUUAGCGGAAAUAUAACAGGUACAAUUCCACAAUGGCUGCAAGGCACACUCAUCAGGAACGGACCAGGCUCCAUCAAGUGUGGUUCGCAAGAAUUCACCCAUGUGUUUGAUGGAUCGGCUCUCAUACACAGGUUCGCAAUCAAAAACGGUCAAGCAACGUACCAGUGCCGUUUCUUAAGGUCUGACACGCUGAAGAAGAAUAGAAAAGCUCAACGUAUCGUCGUCAGUGAAUUUGGUACAAAAUCUGUGCCGGACCCGUGCCAUACUAUUUUUGAUAGAUUGGCUUCAGUUUUCAACCCAUACGACUCAAUUACUGAUAACGCCGGUGUGUCAGUGUUUCCCUUCGGUGAUGAAGUAUACGCCAUGACAGAAGUCACCAAUGUUUACAAAAUUGAUCCGGAGACUUUGGAAUCGCUAGAGAAAGAGAAUUUGUUCAACGCACUGAUCGUGUGCCACACUGCUCAUCCUCACGUAAUGGCUAACGGGGACGUCUACAAUGUCGGUAUAAACAUUGUCAAAGGAAUGAUGAAGCAUGUUAUCGUCAAAUUCCCCUACAAUGAAAAAGGGAAUAUGUUUAAAAUGGCAGAAGUUGUCCACACUGUAGAGCCAAGGUGGAUUCUUAACCCUUCGUAUAUGCAUUCAUUUGGCGUUACGGAAAACUAUUUCGUGAUAAUUGAACAACCGUUAUCAAUUUCACUUAUAACUUUAAUAAAAAACCAUUUAAUUAAUAAUCCAUUCUCGAAUACUUUGUCCUGGUAUCCUGAAUAUGAGACUCAAAUACGACUGGUGAACCGUAAGACUGGUGAAGAGAGCAACUACGUGACCGAUACGUUCUUCUUCAUGCACACCAUCAACUGCUUCGAGCAAGACGGCAAACUGAUCGUCGACGUGUGCGCAUACAAAGACGCUAAGAUCAUCGACGCGAUGUAUGUGGAAGCGAUAAAGGAUUUACACAAUAACCCUGACUAUGGACAAUGGAGCCAAAGUCGCCCAAAGCGUAUCACGAUACCGCUCGAUGCUCCGUCUAACACUAAAGUGGAGAUUAAGCUGAUCGCAGAUGUGGGCCUCGAGGCACCUAAAAUGCACUACGAUCUUCACAAUGGUCGUCCAUACAAAUACUUUUAUGGGAUUGGAUCAGAAGUGCAUUCAAAAUAUGCCGGCUCAAUUAUGAAAGUAAAUGCGACCACUGGAGAAGUGAAGACUUGGCAUGAGUAUGACGGGUGUCCAAGUGAACCUAUAUUUGUACCGCGACCCGAUGCUAAGGAGGAAGAUGACGGCGUUUUGCUGAGCGCUCUGCUGUGGGGUAAAGAUGACCACGCGAUGACUCUGCUAGUGUUGAACGCCAAGGAUUUGAAAGAGAUUGCUCGAGCUAACUUCAGGACCCCUUCACCGGCACCCAACGGGUUCCAUGGGUGGUAUUGGCCCGACCAGGGGAUAUAAAUCACCAAAGAUUAAUUAAUUAAUCACCCCAAUGGCUACGAUAACCCGGGCUACUGUAGUCGAAUUUAUAGAUUAAAUAUAAAAAUAAAUUAUUGUGUGUGUGUAAGUUUCUUUGUAAUUUUAUUAAUGUUUUAUUUUCAAAAAUUGUGCUA